AUGAAGAAGAAACUCAAUGAGCAAUUCUUGCCUUUCAACUAUAUGCAAAACCUCUAUAAGAAUUUGCAUAAUCUCAAACAAGUUGGAAGUGUUGAUGAGUACACGGAGGCUUUCCAUCAACUUGUUGCUAGAGUUGAUUUGAAUGAAAGUGAAGAUCAAAUGGUUGCAAGGUACAAAAGUGGGUUGACAAUUACAAUCCAAGAUGCCCUUGCUAUGCAAACUUUGUGGACGGUUUCAGAAGCUUACAAUCGGGCAUUGGUGGCCAAAAGGCAAGAAAAGAGGAAGUUUUUGAGAUCCGGGCAACAAUAUCAAGGCGGUUCCAAGUCCGGGCAGCCCUUUUACUCUUAUGCUAGGGGUGGUUCUUCCUCUAGUGGUGGCCAAGGUGCUUCUUCUGGGGUUGGUAUUCAAAACCGAACGGAUAAGGCUUCCACACCCGCUCAAAAUCAGCCUCAAUCCGGUGCUUCGGGGGCUCGAAAUCAAUUCCAAAGUGGGGGUUUUAAGUGCUUCAAGUGUGAAGAACUGGGUCACAAGUCUUCGGAUUGUCGUAAGGCUUCCGGAGGUCGUAUCAAGGCACUUUUCAUUGAGGAGGUUACAGAACAAGGUUGUGAGGAUGAUAUUCCCAUUUAUGAAGAAAAAAAUAUGUGA